AUGGAACACGACAAUGUCAAUCGUUUCCUUGGAGUCUGCCUUGAUGGUCCCCAACUACUUUCAAUAUGGAAGCAUUGUAGUCGAGGAAGUAUAAACGAUGUAAUCACCAAAGGAUCAACGACAAUGGAUAGCGUCUUCGUGUUUUCACUUAUCCGAGAUAUUGCACACGGUUUGGCUUUCAUUCAUCAAUCGUUCUUGGAGUAUCAUGGUUUUUUAACAUCUAAAUGUUGCCUCGUGGAUGAUCGUUGGCAAGCGAAAGUAUCAAGCUAUGGUCUGAGAAAAAUACGAAUGUUUGACAAACGGUUACCAGAAGACUUGUUAUGGACAGCUCCUGAAAUACUGCGUAAAGGCGAUGGUGAAGCAUCUAAAGAAGCUGACAUUUACAGCUUUGCUAUCAUUUGCGCACAGCUGAUCACGAAAACUUCUGCAUGGGAUCUAGAUAAUCGAAAUGAAGAUGCUUCAGCAAUUCUCUAUUUGGUGAAAAAAGGAGGACAUAAUCAGCAACGUCCUUCCUUGAAUACCAGUGAUGAAGUUGAAGCUAAUCCUGCUCUGCUUCAUCUUAUUCGCGACUGUUGGACAGAACGUCCAUCCGAGAGGCCCGAUAUAGAUAUGGUUAAAUCUAAUUUGAAGAACAUAAAUUUGAACAGACAAGUGGCCGAAAAAUUGAAACUCGGACAAUCUGUAGAACCGGAGACCUUUGAGAGCGUAACCGUGUUCUUUUCGGAUGUAGUAUCAUUUACAACUCUCGCCGCUAAAUGUAAUCCAAUGCAGGUUGAAACGAUUGGCGAUGGUUACCUUUGUGCAAGUGGACUACCUCAUAGAAACGGGCAACGGCAUAUUCAAGAAAUUUGCAGCAUGUCGCUUGGAUUCAUAGACAGCCUUAGGAGUUUCAGGGUACCUCAUCUACCUCAGCAGGGUGUCAAUCUACGAAUUGGAAUCCAUACCGGCUCCGUAGUUACUGGCGUUGUGGGUCUAACCAUGCCUCGAUACUGUCUUUUUGGUGAUACGGUCAAUACGGCGAGCAGAAUGGAGAGCAAUGGAAAACGUUAG